AUGCAGAAGAAAUACAUGAAGAAAGAACGAGAAGAUGCCCCAAAACCCUCACCGGGGGAUUUAAGUUUUGACUCGUACACCCUUUACUUCAAGGGUUUGAGAAAGUGGCAGAGAGAAACCGGGUUUGGGACCGGAUUUGGGGUUGCAAUUUGCAGAGAAGACGAUCGUGAUAAUCUCUUGUUUCAGAUGAAGGGGCCACUUGAUGAGACCGUCCUUUCAAUUUGGGAGGCUGACAUUAUGGCCUUGAAGAUAGGACUAACCAAAGCCCUAAAUUUGGGGAUCAAUCAUAUCUCAAUCUGCUUUGAUGAUCCUGAGCUUUUCGAAUUUGCCAUGGGGAGGAGAUCCGCGCCUAAGAAUGAGAAAAUCGCCUCGUUGAUGGAUGAUGUGCAACGUAUCAGACAAGGAUUUGUAACGAGCAUCCCUCUUCUUGUGACUGAUAGUCAAACUAAAUUUGUGUGUGAUCUCGCAAUGGAAACAAUAGUUUCUGACGUGAGCGUACCUACUACGCCCCGUGCUGCUGGAGCUGAGAAGAUGUUUUGUGUUGAUUCGUGCCUUCAUAAGUUCUUUGUGGAGUACAUGAAACAACAUAUAGAACUGAGGCUAAACCAGGGACGUGUACCAAGAUGUCCUCAUGUUGGCUGCACAUCAAGCCUGGAUCUUAGAAGCUGUGCUCAUCUUUUGACACCUAAACUCAAAGUGCUGUGGGAACAAAGGUUUAAAGAGGAAUCGGUUCCUGUAUGUGACAGAUUCCAUUGCCCAAAUCCAACCUGCUGGGCUUUGAUGUCCAAGACCGAGCUCACUGAAUCUAGUGAAGAUGGAGUAAGGAGAAGCUGCUAUGAAUGCCGUAAACCCUUUUGCAUUAACUGCAAAGUUCUGUGGCAUAGUAACUUGUCGUGCGAUGAGUACAAAAAAAGGUCGUUGGGUCGAAAGUCUAGUACAACAAUGUGGCGUCAAUGUAGAAGUUGCCAACAUAUGAACAAACUAUCGCAAGAACGCAUCGUUGUAACUUGCAGGUGUGGCUAUAGGUUUUGCUACAAAUGUGGAUCUGAAUGGAAGUCUGGAGGUUGCUCUCAUCGUAUCCUAUUGCUGAGGGAUAUGUUGGUUGCUGGUGAAGAGUUCGAUCUUGAUCGACCUACUGAUAGAUUUGUGUGUAUUUCUCAAGCUAUUGAGGAUAUUCAACAGGGCAAGAUGGUAAUUGUUGUAGAUGAUGAGGACAGAAAAACGAUUGAGAUUUGA